CUGGAUUAGAUUUGUCGACAAAGAAACGAACCUCCUAACUUUCAAACUACGGAGUAUUUUCACUAAACAUUUCCCAGAUUCCAAUUCCAUCACUAUACCUUUCCAAUUACUCCAACUUUUCCACCUGAUUUUGAUCUCUGACAUUUCUCCUUCCCAAAAUUCAACAUUAAUCAACGCUAAAUCUAACCUCAUCAAUGUCAUUCUCUCUCCUCAAACUCACACUGCUUCACACUCAAUAACCUUAAAAAUCCCCAAAAUAAACUUCCAUUCUUUUUCUGGGUUUGUCUAUAAUAAAGCCAUGUUUCAUCAACAAAGAGUGGAAUUAAGGAGAUGGGUAGUCUCAAUUUUGUCAAAUCACAAAACCCUUUUCACCGUUUUGUGGAUCGUGGGGUUUGCAUCUAUCUUCAUAUGGCAGCGCAACAAUGUUGACGGUGUUUUGAAUUUCCGGCGAGCUCCGGGGCGGCCAAUGCCGAGGUUCCGCCCUGUAGCUUUUAACAUUUCGGAUUUUGGGGCGGUAGGCGAUGGCGUUACCGAUAACACGGCGGCGUUUGAGAAGGCUAUUGCUACUAUAGCUAAGCUAGGGAAGAAAGGUGGAGCUCAGCUUAAUGUGCCUCCUGGGGUUUGGCUUACUUGCCCUUUUAAUUUGACCAGUCAUAUGACUUUGUAUCUUGCUGAAGAAGCUGUUAUUCUUGGAGUUGAUGAUGAGAAGAAGUGGACAUUGAUGCCACCAUUGCCGUCAUAUGGAUAUGGGAGAGAGCAUCCCGGGCCCCGGUAUGGUAGCUUGAUUCAUGGUCAAAAUCUCAGAGAUGUUGUCAUAACUGGGAACAAUGGUACAAUUGAUGGCCAAGGACAAACAUGGUGGAAGAAGUACAAGCGGAAGGUCCUUAAUAAUACUAGAGGUCCUCUUGUACAGAUCAUGUGGUCAAGUGACAUUGUUAUUAGUGACAUUACUCUACGUAAUUCUCCUUUCUGGACGUUACACCCUUAUGACUGCAAGAAUGUGACAAUACGGAAUGUCACGAUUUUGGCUCCUAUAUUUGAAGCACCAAACACUGAUGGAAUAGACCCCGAUUCAUGUGAAGAUAUGGUGAUUGAGGACUGCUACAUCAGCGUGGGGGAUGAUGGAAUAGCAAUAAAGAGUGGCUGGGAUCAGUAUGGUACAGCUUAUGCCCGACCCUCUAAAAACAUUCUCAUUCGAAAUCUUGUUGUUCGCUCUAUGGUCAGUGCUGGUAUAUCGAUAGGGAGUGAGAUGUCCGGUGGCGUCUCAAACGUUACCAUUGAGAACGUCCUUGUAUGGAAUUCUAGGCGAGCUGUCCGUAUCAAAACAGCCCCAGGUAGGGGUGGAUACGUACGACAAAUUACCUACAGAAAUCUAACAUUUGACCAAGUGAGGGUCGGGAUAGUUAUAAAGACCGAUUACAACGAACACCCGGAUGAGGGAUACGACCCUAAAGCUCUCCCAAUCAUUGAAGACAUUAGCUUUACUUCUAUCCAUGGACAGGGAGUUCGUGUACCCGUUAGAAUCCACGGGAGUGAAGAAAUCCCCAUUAAAAACAUCACUUUCCGUGACAUGUCUGUUGGAAUUUCAUACAAGAAGAAACGGAUUUUCCAGUGUGCGUAUGUCCAUGGCCGUGUGAUUGGGACCAUAUUCCCUGCACCUUGUGAGAAUCUUGAUUUGUAUGACGAAAUAGGAAAACUCGUGAGACCGUCUUCUUCACAAAAUAUAACAGACAUUGAUUAUACCAUUUGAAGGUUCUCUUCAGAUUAGCUGCUGCAUUUGUGCCUUUAUACAGAAGUUUUUGCUGAAGUGCAGGGGAUUAUUAUAGCUUUAGUUUUAUUGGUAAGAUAUUCUCCUUUCGCGUUAUUUAGGUUUCCUUUUAUAUAUGUUGUGUAUUACUUCGUUGUUGCUAGGUUUUUUUUUAUGCCGGAUGUGUAAAUAGAGCAGAGAUACACAGAUAAUGUAUACAAAAUUGAAGGGGAAUGGAAGCAAUAUAUCUUGAGUUUUGAAUACA